GUCCGUCCGGUUGCCGUGGCAGCAGUGUGAGGACGGAGCUCGUAUGAAGCGUCGCUGCGUUCCUCUGAGAGCCGACCACGAACUGCUGCUGACCCCCGACACACGACACACUCUGUCGGGGGUCCUGCUGCAUCCUGUCGUCCAGCUGAGGUCGGGGGGCGUGGCCUCUCUCCUCAGUGACUCGUCUGGUCGUGAAUCAGCUGUUGGGUCGUCGAGGCGACGCCCAGUGGCUUCUCCGACGCGGCUUCUGCGAUUCGAAGAUGAGACGGAGACUGAGGCAGAGUCUCGGUACCUGGAGCGGCAGCAGCAGAGGAGACGGAUUGGUGUCCUCGCCUCUAAACCCGACCUGAACCUGUACGUCAACGGCAGACCGGGGACAGGACUGCAGGGGCCACAUGGACACCAGGGGACAGGACUGCAGGGGACACAUGGACACCAGGGGACAGGACUGCAGGGGGCACAUGGACACCAGGGGACAGGACUGCAGGGGGCACAUGGACACCAGGGGACAGGGCUGCAGGGGGCACAUGGACACCAGGGGACAGGACUGGGGAGGGUGGGGCAUCAUGAUCAGCAGGGGAUGUGGUCACAUUGCCCACAGGGGGCGGGGCUGCAGGGGGCGUGGUCAGAUUACCCACAGGGGGCGGGGCCUUCUGCUGACAGACAGCACAGCAGACGGACGGCUCGGUGGGACUCAUGUGGGACAGUUCUGGGAAGCAGAGUCAGCCUGAAACCCUGUCUACAGCUGCCAGACCCUGAGGAGCGGGGGCGAAGUCUGUACAGGCCCUGCCUCAGCCUGCAGACCGAGCCAAUCAGAGAGACCUACAUCGGCUCUGUGACAGUGUGUGAUAGAAGUGGGGGAGGGGGCGAGAGGAGGAGCACCAAUCAGAACAUGCCCACCACAGACCUGCCAAUAAACCCCUACGCACCCCAGCAUCUGGCCACACCCCUCUCCAGAUCCUCCUCGUCUCCUCAGAGCGUCAGGCUCAACAGCACAAAGGCAGAGCAGAAUCUAAACCACAACCAGAGCCAGAGCCGGGAGGAGCAGGGAGUGUCUGCUGCUGAGCCCCACAGAGAGCUCCAAUCCUGGGCCGAGGUGACGGAGAGGAGCAGUGUGGAUCCGAAGGCUCAGAGCUCAGAGACAACAGCUGAGAGCCAGGCCCCACCCUCCUCAGGCAGCAGUGAUGGACAGGUCAGACAGCCAAUGAGAGCAGAGGUUUACAGCAACUACACUUCACAUCCUGAACGUGUCAUCAGCAGAGAAGAACCAGCUCGUCUUUCUCUGCGUCGUCUUUUCUCCAGUGUCAAACUGAGCACGACUCGAACUGGCAGCCUCGACCGCCUCCGCUCACGGCCCCGCCGCUCAGAGUCUGGCCCCGCCCCUUCAGAGUCUGACCCCGCCCCUUCAGAGUAUGGCCCCGCCUCCUCCAGAUAUAGCUCCGCCCCCCCUGGAUCUGACUCCGCCUCCUCUGGUCACAAGAAAACCUCCAGCCUGCUGAGGAAAACACCGUCUGUUCAGUCGCUCAGUGUGGGGUCGCCCUUCCUGCAGCUGAGGAGGUCUUCAUCGGUUCAGAGUUUUGUGUCGGAGCAGAAGAAGAAAAAGAAGCCGGAUCGUUCUGCUGCCUACAGACCAGCUGCUGACCACUUGCUGCAGCGGUGUCUGAGUGUGGAGGACGUCGGUCGUCCGUCUUCUGUCCGUUCGCUCGGUCGAGUUCUUCAGGUUUCUGCUGAUGGAUCGUUUCUGUUGGAGCUCAGCCGACCGGAGAGCCGCACGUUCGGAUUCCUCAUCAGCCGGGGGAGAGGCCGACCCGACUCCGGUGUUUAUGUGGAGGACAUGGUGGACAGCGGCACAAAGAAAUUGUAUGCCGGCCUGCUGGCGGUGGGAGACGAGAUCCUGGAGGUGAACGGGGAGAAAGUGGUUUGUCUGAGUCUGGACCAGGUGACCCAGCUGCUGACCCAGAACCCCUCUGCUACAGUCCGGGUGCUCCGGCACCGCAGGGCGCCUCCACGCUGAACAGACACUGCUACAACCACCUAACCACCAAACAACCAGAACGACCAGAACGCUGACUGAGCGAAGCCACAGGACCUGAUCCGCUGGUCAGACAAACACUUACAGAACAAAGUGAACCGAAAAGAAACUUUAACUUCACUGCAACUUCCACAAAAACUGCAUCAAACUGCUGAGCUGCUUCUGGUCCAGCCAGAACUUAGAACACGUUCACACCUGUUCUUCUGUAGACUCGGGGUUAAGGUACAUUUGGUUGUGUCAGCGUUCACACUGCACUUUGUCAAACAACAAACAUGCUCACAUUGUUUGUCUUCUUCUCAAACAUUAGAAACACUACAGCAGAACCAGAGAACCCAAGCCUUUGUUAUAUAUGUUUGGUGUUUGACAAAGUGCAGCGUGAACGCAAAUACAACCAAAUGAGAAAUGCAAUAAUGCUUAAACUUCAUCCCUGAAUGGCACCAAGUCUACAGAGCUAAGUCUGUAAACUGUGUGAAAGGUUGAAUCUGCAGCUAGUAAAUUGUUUUUGGUUCUCUUCCUGUAUUUGGGUCGGAUCGUUCUCACCUGAAGUGAACUGAACUCUAGAUCUCUGUGAAGAGAACAGCGGACAGACCAGAGUUUGUGAUAGCUGUUCUACAUGAAGUGAAGAAGACGUUCCACUCAGUUCAGCAGUUUGUCUCAAUCUAAAUACUUGGGUGAGAGUACUUACAGUACACGUAGUACUCUGUGCACACUUGUGCAGUGCAUUAAGUUUCGACAGGGUAGUGUUGCACUGACAGGAAAUGACUCUUCUUCUGUUUAAUGGUAAACUACAGCUGGGAGGAGUGUUACCGCCACCUACUGUUACCAACAAACCGGCUUGUUUUCUCACUGACUGACAGCAGUAUAAUGGUACGUAUCGAAAAUAAAAACAUACGUAGAGGUGGAGAUGGAGCCUGAUUAACGUAAACUCAGAGGUGGAUAUGUUACGACACAUCACUUGACUUUAAAUUAACAUUUUCUCUGUUUUGGAUUCUUGUUUAAUUUUUUUCUUCAGACCUGCUGUCAGGCUGAAUAAAAAGAUAACAUGAUAUAAAGUGAUGUUGUUUCACGCAGUAACAGUGUUGUACAUAUAUUUACAGUAUUUAAACGUCUGCAGUAUUUCAGUCUCUGUACAGUUCUCACGGAUUUAUGUUUAUAUUUUCUGACAAAAUAAAUAAACGUU